UUGAAAUUUGUACAUGUUCAACAUGUUUUUCUAGGAAAUAAUGGGGUUCAAGAAGUCGAAGGAAACAAAUUACCGCGUCUUGUUUAUGUUUCUAGAGAGAAAAGGCCCGGAUUUGACCACCACAAGAAAGUCGGUGCCAUGAAUGCUUUGAUCCGAGUGUCGGCGGUUUGUUGUGUGAUGAUACUGCUCACAUUCUUGAUAAAUUUGACCAGUGAGCAGCAACACUUGAAACUUCUCCACACGUGUUUGACACAUGAUUGGUAUGUAACAGGAGGGAAACUCUCAGGCAUGGUGAUGGUGGUGAUUUGGGAGUGUUCCAGGCUGCAUUUAAUGACCAAACGACGACGAAGAACAUCAGUGUUGUUGAGCUGCAAAACAGGGAUGGCGAUGGGAACUAAUGGACCAGGAUCUGUUCAGGGGCUCCACAACUUACAUGGUAGUUUCAAUGUCGCUGGCACACUUGGAUCCCAAAAUCCAACAACCGCUAAUGUACCUUCAAGUGGGCUUCAACAACAAAGCGGAAACCUUUCUGCUGGAAGAUUUACAUCAAACAAUAUGCCUGCUGCUCUUUCUCAGAUAGCUCAUGGCAAUUCACUCAGUCAUUCAGGGCUAAAUAGUAGAGGUAGCUUGAUUGUUGUUGGAACCCCUGGGUUCAGUAGUGGUGCAAAUGCAUUUAGUGGCUCGAUUCCUGGAGUCCUGCCUACCACUGCACCAAUCAGUAACCGUAAUUCUAUUCCGGGAGUCGGAGUCCCACCGGUUAUAGGAAAUCGGAGCUCUCGGAUCACCAGUUAAGCUGGAAACAUUGGCAGUGGUGGUAGCAUUGGAAGAAGCUCAAGUUCUGGUGGCGGUUUAUCAUUCCCGGGCGCCUUGCUUCUCGACUUAACCUAAACACUAAUAGUGGCUCAGGAAAUUUCAGUGUGCAGGGAUCAAAUAGAAUAAUUGGUGCUUCUCCACAGGUGAUGUCUAUGUUUGGAAACUCAUACCAUUAAGGAGCUGCAUUCAACUUGCUGUGUGGAGAUAGGGACCACAUGAUUAUCGAAAAAAUUGAGAGGCAUUUUAACCAUAGUGUUACCGAGGUGCCAUCAUGAACAAGUGAUGAAGCCUUUAAGGAUGUUGUGAGGAAAGCUGGUUUGAUGUAGAAUUUCUCAUAUUUCCCAUUAUCAUAUACACAAGUUAAUAUUGGUUGGUUAUUUUUGUAUUGGGUAGUGAAUUUUGGUUGGUUGAUUGGAAAAUCAGUUUUGUUUGUGAUGACUUGGAUGCUCAAGUGGUAGUAUUGAGAACAGUUACUUUAGAAUUU